AUGGAUUCCUCGGAAGCAUCAUUCAAAAUAGCUAUUGUCGGCGGUGGUAACGUUGGGUCAGCCCUGGCUUACUUUCUAUCAGAGUCAUUGGAGAAUGGCAAUGGAGUCGUCCUCAUCGAUCGCUCGUUCUCUCAGUUGAAAGGUUCAACUGGGUAUGCGCCUGGAUUCAUUGGUCAGUACAACGAAUCGGAGGCUCUUACACGCCUAGCAGUGGACACUGUCAGUGAAUACAAGAAGAUUCCCGGUGCUUUCGAGAGCAUCGGAGGGCUUGAAGUCGCUACCGCUCCCGAGGGCGUCGAAAAAUUGAAGGUCAGAUACGACAUGGCGAAGAAGGUUGGCCUGCCUGCCGAACUGCUGUCUCCUGAGCAGGCAACUAAACUGGCUCCUGAUCUUGUCAAGAACGACAUCUUGACUGCAUUGCACUUCGCAAGCGAUGGGGCCGCAAAUGCUGUUAAAAUCACUUCAUUUUUCCAAGACCAGGCGCGCGAAAAUAGCGUUCACUUCCUAGAAACAGAUGUCAAGGAAAUUAUUCAGGAAGAUGGCAGUGUGAACGGUGUCCUAACUACAUCUGGACUAGUCAAAGCAGAAAAGGUGGUUAUCGCCACUGGUAUCUGGUCAGAGAAACUCUGUGACUUUGGUGUGCCGAUUCCGGUCAUUCCUGUUGCGCAUCCAUACAUGUAUGGAGAACAGCGCGAGCCAAAAGCCCGCAAGUCACCGUUUGUUCGAUGGCCUGAAUUCCAAGUGUAUGCCCGUGAUCAUGGCACAGCCUAUGGACUUGGUUCUUAUGAUCACAAGCCGCUCUAUCACAAGCCCAAUGAGACUGCGGUUGGUGACUGGGUCGACGCAUUCGACGCAACACUGGAGCGAGCCCGCAGUUUGAUCCCUGCUGAGACGAAUUUGACCAUCAAGGAGAAAUUCAAUGGUAUCUUCUCCAUGACCCCGGACAAUCUGCCUUUGGUCGGCACGAUCUCGUCAAUCAAGGGUCUUUAUAUGGCGGCUGCAGUGUGGGUCACUCAUGCGGCUGGGUCAGCUAAAUUCUUGACCAAGAUGAUUCAGGGUGAAGAAGUUGACGAGUCCCUGAAGAAAGCACUGGACCCGAACCGGUUCCAGGGUAAGGAGAUGCAAGCUUUGAAGGAGGAGUCGCUGGCAGGGUAUAACAGCAUCUAUACGACUCAUGAGAACAGGUGA